AUGGCUAGAAACCCCCUCCGCGCACUACGGAAGCUUAUUCGUACCAAAAGAUGGUUGACUAAACGUCGAACUUUAAUUAGCCUUCCUGUCGAGCUACUCCAGAUGAUCGGAAUGAAGCUUAUCGACCACUCGACUUAUGAACAUCUAGCCAUACCGCAAUCUACGCCGGACGGGCGGACGGCAGUUUACAAUACUCGUUUAUCAUGUCGAUGUCUUCGCGACGCCUUCGAAACGGUAUUCAUGGAGAUCAUCUACGACCUGCCAUAUCGUUGCACAGAAGAGAGUUUGGGCCGUUUGAUUCAGCUGUUACAAGUCCCUGAGGUGUCAAAGAAGUUUAGACAACUCACUAUUGUCGGAGCUGAUAUAGUCAGUGUGGAAGCUGAAGAAGGACAGACCACCUGGAUGAGACAAAACUUGAAGAAUACUUUCAGGACGAUCCUGAACCUCUUACCUCACUUGACAAGUAUCAGAUGUAUUCCAGUUAGUGAGUACAACUUCGAACGAGAAGACGGCCAAGGAAACAGUGCCGUAGUCGAAGGGGUUGGAGAAGAGAAUCUCCAUCACUCGGUCAUUAUCUUGACAAGCAUUCAAAGCGCAUUAAGAAUGACUGCUCACACAGCAGAGUCUUUCACGUUAAGGUGCAGCUAUAGUAACACCGUCAAACUGGAGGAGGGACACAAUGGUACAAUCCGCGGCCGUGUAACUAUCUUUCCUCUCCUUGAGGGCCAUGACGAUCGUCUCCAGCAUCUCACAGUCGACUUGGAGUGUCUUCAGACAUACGGCGUCAACGCGGGUGGUCAAAUAGCACUACCCUUUCUCGCAAGCUUGACAAUCAUUUUGACACGACCCGAGAUUGAUUACGAAGAAAUGCUGGGAUUGGAUAUUCUGGCGAAUACGAUGCCUGGACAGCUCACAUUCACCGGUACGCGGCACAAGCCACCGUCACACCUAGUCUUGUGCCAGAUAGCCAUAAGACUGAAGCAUCAUCGUCAUGACCCCAAUCCGCCUCGUCCAAUUGGUUUCGCGGAUAACUUCCGGAUCGGUGUCUUCGAAGUCCGAGACGUAACGUGGAAUCGAUAUGUCAGCAGACGUUCCAGGCGAGAGAGCAAGGGACGAUGUGAGACAGGUUGGGAUUUAUUCCCUCAUCUUUGUGAGCUAGCAAACGUUGUACGUGUACGGAACUCGCUGGGUGAAUACGAAGACUUUCUGGAGAGACCUGAUGGGGUUUUGGAGAUUGAAGGUUUCAGCGAUCUCGACGAGGGGCCCAACCAGGAUGAGAGUAUUGGAACCGACUAG